UAUCCAUCAAGAGGAAAGUGGGCGUAUUUUGAUUUUGGGAGGCCCUCUCGUCCGUAAUCGAGCUUCUCCGCGCGAUCCCGUCCAUGUCACAAGUCACGUGAAGACUGCCAGAGAGAAGAUCGGCGAACAGAAGCCCCGGUGUGGGAGAGCAGAAGUACCUACCUACCUUACCUGGUACGCGCAGAGAAAGGCCGAGUCGACGAUACAGUAAGACGAGCUGCACCGCCAUGGCAUGUACAUGUAGGCAGCGCCGUGCCGUCUCUCGUGUACACAACCGCAGCUGCCGUGUUUACUUGGAUGCAUGCAAACGCAAGAUGCAGCCACGGCACGUGUCGAGUUCGGCCCAUGAGACGGCCAUGUACGACGUCCACCUCCCCCCCUUUCGAGCCGGAGGAGGAAACAGCGCUCCUCGAGCCUUCCUCACAUCCUUCUUCGACCCCAUCGAUACCUAAGUGCUCCUCCAGCCGCCUCGUCUCACCAGCUCUCUCUCGGAGCGACGACUCCAGCCAGCCGUAUCCUCGCGCCGACACAGGUCUCCGCAGCAAGAACCACUCCGUCAAGCUCGACCCAUCGCAAGCCGGUCCCAUCAGCAGCGCGACUGUCAGCGUCAACUUCAAGACUCCCGCGCCGCGACACGUCUGCACCAACGGCAUUGACCGGAGAUACCAAGUGGGCUGCUCGUGUCACCCAGCGUGCCGCAGACAAUGAAGCAAGCAAUCCCUCUCCAAGACUCUCGUCGGCACUCGUGACGGACAGCGGCCGCUCUGUGUCUGUCGAGAAGCCACUUCCACCACGACCAGUCGCUUCGGUCGCUACCACCGCCAGUCCUUCGAAAGAUGGCCGCACCCUCGUGGAUGCCAGUGAGCAACCAUUGCGCCUCUCUGUCGGCGACGGUUGGCCGUCACUCACCCCACGCUCCAUCAGUGCGCCAGAGCACCACUUCACCGCUGUCGCCAAGACCUCAGCAAGUAGUAUCCCUCGCAGAACCUCAGGCACCAUACUCACUGCCGAAGGCAACAGACUCACCAGCCAUGCCAGCUCUGCCUACAUCCGCGACGCCACGAACAGUAGAGCCUCCGGACUGACUGGCCGCUCUUCCAACCCGUCGUUCGUGAGUGCAGAAGAGUCCGUUGGUGGUGAUGUUCAGAGUCAGACCGCAUCUGUUGUCGAUGCUGCGUCUCCUCAACGUGGCGACCGCGGCACAGCAUCGAACCUCAGUACUCCCAACUACCCUCCUCGUACACACUCUCUGGCAGCAUUGAAUAGUUACAGCGACAUCACCUCACCGAUCGCUGCAGACUAUCCUGAUGUGUCCACUUUGCCUGAUGGCAUGCAGGAUGAUGUCUACUCACCAGGAUACGAGUCACGACAGCAGAAUGCUUCUCCAGCAAAUUUCUCGCGUCUGCGCAGCGCCAUGAACCCGCACCGAACAUCACUCUCGUCAGUGCAUACGACAGGUAGUGAUACUGAUAGGACCGCCUCCCGAAUCCCCAUUCCUGGCAGCAAGAAAGCGACUCUGGUUCAGCUCCAGACUCAGAAUCUCGGAUCGGAUGCGGAAGAACACAGUCCCACGUUCGGUCAACGUCGCUUGAUUUCGCCCAGUGCCCUCGCUCUUCUGGACCAAGGCAGAAAGCGUCGCCUUCUGCGCCUGAACACGAAUAACAGUCUUGCUAGCGACAGUUCACAACCCGUGGCGUACACUGGUCGCGAGUUCCGAGCCGGGAAAUACAGCGGGGGUAGUUCUCCUGCCAACACUACUGGCGCGAGCUCUUCCGACGAGGAUGAAGUCACUACCCCAGUAAGCCAACCAUCUUUGCCACGGUCAGGAUCCAUGGCCAAGCUCACAAUCGGAGAUGCUGCCACCGAUCGAUUUGAGUCACCACUGUCGAGCCCGUUUGAUAAUCCUCGGCUGCGACGCCUUCCUCCUUCCAACAGCCGCCUCACUAGACCACUUGAGACGAUCCCAUCGCAGUCCAUGCUGAUCCCAGAACCACCGCAUCUGCCCAAGAGUAGAUUCUCGACAGUCGCCAAGCAAUUGUCACAUGCACAGACGAAAGACCUUCCCUCCACUGACGCGAACAACCUUCGGGGUGCCAACAGAGAGCAGCUCAGGGAGAUGCUGAAUGCAGUUCAGACUGAGGAUGAUGAACGAGAAAAGGACGGCGUCCCAGGACUUGACACCGAGACUAAGAAUCACCUGACGCGUACACUAUCCCAGCUGGAAGGACAGGGCACACCGCCCAGUGAGUUCGUUGAUUACGACCAACUUCAAGCAAUGUUUGGACAAAUUACUCGGUCGACGAGCAAUGCACCAACGAGCAACACAUACUUGGACAACGUAGCUGCAGCAUUCAAGUUCGUGGAACGAGGCUCAGUCAGCAGUACACAACUGGAGAUGAGUGGCCGCGAAGAUCAAGAAGUCCAGACACUGGUGGAGACACAUGGGCAUCACACGACGAUGGAUACAGCAAACUCGACUCCGGCGAUCAGUAAGUGGUCGGAUAGUACUCCAUCAGCAAUCAACGAUUCGACAGAGCUUCGCAAGGCAGCCCUUUCCUCAAUCGGAUUUCCUUCAGCAACGAACAUACCAAGCAUCACAGCCAAGUCGCCCUUGGAGGACGAACAAGCCGGUGGCCCAGAUAUCCCCACGCGCAACUCAUCGCCAACUCUGGGUUCUGGUAAGAUCUACGAAGAGAAGAAGUCUACGGGAAGCGUUCGCCGCGCGCGCGAGAACAUGAACAUUGGUGAGAGGGGUGGUUAUGCAAGCAUGACGAAGGCAUCGGUUCAUAAGAAGACUGCUAAGACUCCUGCUUCAGAGAGUAACAAGUUCCGCAAGGCAGGAAGUUCUCGAGGUCGCAACAGCGGUUCUACGUCGGCCGGCAUGAACUCACCACGAACAAGGACCGUACGGGGUCAUCCAGAUGAACGGGUCGGCCGUUCAGUGGGAAAUUUCAGCACGAUCGGCGGACCACGCCCGCGCUCGAAGAGCCGCACCAUGAUUGACAAGUUCACGGGCAUUUUCCACAGGCGCGAGAAGAAAUCGCAGCAGAUCCCCGCUCCUCCACUGCCUCCGCUCGAAUUGGAGAGAUACACAAGCGAGGCGACCCUCGAGGUAGAGAUUGACAAUAGCCAUCUCUACCGCUCCUCCCCGACUCCGCCAGUGCCGGCCAUUCCGGCCUUGCACCAAUCUCCUUUCGGGGAGCCAAGAUCGUCCUCGCGUGCCACCAACGCGAGCGACCAGUCUCUGUCAAGCAUCUUGGCAGAGGACCACGAGGCGGCGCUCAACAGCGUGCGCACGCUCACUGAGAAGCUGGUGAGCAAAGCCAAGAUGCAGACGUCGCCAGAGCGUAAGGCGCGUCUGCUGAACUUCGCCAGCAUUCUCAGUGAUGGUCAAAUGGGUGCCAGAGAGGCACAAUUGAAUGCCGAGACUGCUCGGCAGAUGGCCACGGCAGCCGAAAUGUCGUACCGGAAGACGAAGAGGGCCGUCCAGUUGAUGGAGAGGCUCGCUUCCGGUCUCGUGCAGGCCACUGUCCGCCGCUAGGACAGUGGGCGGGUGCACGGGGGCCUGGCAGGGUACAUGAAG